GCAAGACGCUCCUCCUCCCCCGGUCUCCUUUCCACCUGGUUUUCCUGCCACACUCAACUUUCUUGAUUGCCCUGUAUCUCUUUUCUCUUCGGUCGGUUGGUGGAGAUCGGAUAAGAGAUGGCCGCCAAGCUAGCCUUCACGGAAGAAGAGAUGGCUGUGGACGAAUGCCUCGGGUACCCAAAAGCCUACGCCAAGCUCUGUAGAAGUCCCAGUGUGCUCAAACUCUACAUCCAAGGACCCCCUUUUGCCUUCCUUCCCUCCGUCUUGCAGCCUCAGGAGGCUUUGAGAGCAAAAGACUUGAAUCGGAUGUUCCCGGUCAUCGAUCCAGAAGCAAAACCUUCUGUUAAUCCCAGAGGUUAUGUCAAUCUCCUGUGGAAGCAACUGGACCAUCUUGGGAAUGCUGGAUUUGAUCCUGCACUGUUUCGAGUGGACCCUUACGGCAAUGUUCUCUAUCUGAAUGCUGAUCCAGCUUCUCCCCUUGCUUGGGAUAUUGAUCAUUGGUUUCCUUGUUCAAGAGGGGGGAAAACUAUCCCUGGCAACCUAAGGCUACUGCAAUGGCAAGUGUGUAGAAAGAAGCACAAUAAACUGGAGUUUCUCAUUCCAUGGUGGGAUCUUCAAUUGGGUGUCUCUGUUAACCAGUUUCUAUCCAUAUUCGCUUCCAGGAAUUCAGAUUUCAGGAACAGAGCAUUUUCCUUCUUGUUCUUGGAUGGGGGGAGCGAGGAGUUGAACUCAUUGCAGGCUGUUGAAUCUCAUAGCUUUCCACAGCAUUUCAUUGAGAUGAAACGGCAAGUAGGGUUUGCUCCAGCUGCCAUUGUUUCAUCACAAAAAAGUUCUGAUGCAUCGGUGCUGAAAACCCUUGAUAUAAAUAGAUCUCUGUGGUCCCAUUCCCCAUUAAUUGCUGCAAGGAAAUUAUCUGCUGAAGAAGAUGAUGCUCUCAACAUGGCAGCUCAGAAAUUUAGACCAAACAUCUCUAAAGAGAACAAUAAACCUGAUGCUAGUGAUAAUGAUGAUAAUCCUUAUCUAACCAUAGCAAUGGCCAGAGAUUCACUGAGACAGAAAGAAGAGACUAAAAAGAAGCUAGUGGAGAUCGAUCAGUUGGAUGAUGAACUGAUUGGUUUGAAGCAAAAAAAUGAAACAGAGAGGCUCGCCCUGCAGGAAUUGGAGACAGUGCUAAUCAAACGGAGGCGGAGAGUUGAGAAAUGUCGGCGUUUGGCAGAGGCUCAGUCCUCUUACAAGGUCUUAUUGGAAAAAAUGAUCCGAGAUGCCAUGCAUCAGAGUGUUGUUUACAAGGAGCAGCUUAGGCUGAACCAGGCUGCUACCAGUGCUCUUAUGGCAAGACUGGAGACACAGAGAGCAAUCUGUGAUGCUUCUGAGAAUGAACUUCGCCGGAAAUUCAAACAAAGAGAUGAGAUUGAAAAGCAGAUUAGGCCUUCUUGGGAGCAAGCACGGAAGAGAUCACGCCUUGAUGAUACACUAUUCGAGCAAAGGCAUGAUAAAGCCAUUCAGUUGCUGGCGGCAGGGAGGAUCGACAACCAUCGAAAGAAGGAGCUCAGAGUGUUUCUAGAGGAGGAGCAGAAGGCUUCUGAAGCCGCCCUAUCUCUCGGUGAAGGGGAAGAGUCAGGGGAAACUACAACGACCGACAGUACAGAGAAGGAUGAAACAUAUAGGAUUUUGGUAAGUAAUGAUCAUCCAAAGGAAUUUGCUUUAAGAGAGGGCAAUUGCAGCAAGAACAUCGAAUCAGAAGGGAAGAAGAAAUCUUCUUGUCUUAUCCAGGCUGAAGGAGAAGGUAAAAAACCUAUAGCUAUGAUUGAAGAGAAGCUCAAGCACUUAGAAAUCGGAGAGCGACAUUGCAGCAAUACGGAACCAAAGAAGCGAAAUCUCUUACCUAAAAGCAGCCUGCAUGAAGAAGGCCAACAAGAGUAUAGAAAGCUGGGAGUUUCCAAGAAUGAAGUGGCACAAAAUGGUAAGUUCAAGCAAUUAGCAAUCAGAGAGGAUAAUUUGAGCAGUAAGUCUGAUGUUCCUAAACCUACGAGUCUGAUUCCUCAAAGUCUUUGUGAAGAAGAUGAUGAUGAGGACUACCGGAACCAAGUUGGGAAAGGGAACGUAGAGAAGUGGCUUCAGAUGCUGUUGGGAAACAUGCAGGAAGGCCCUUCCCUAGACUCCUCACCUGCGGGGGAACCUGACAGACCAGAGAGCAGCACAAAUGAAUUAGUCAACGAACUGAACUCUGUAAAUCCACAGAAGGAGAUCAAAUUUUUAAGGCUUAAACCAUUAGAUGAAAAUGGUGAUUCUGAUCUGAAUUCUGACAAACAGCAAACUAAAGACAGAAAUUGCAGGGAAAGCAGGACUAGUGAGGCUAUUAUGAUGAAUGACAGCAAUGUGUAUGAUAGGAGUAAUGAUGUUAUAGGAGUUGGGAGCAGUUGUGCUGGUAGUAGGAAGAGCUUUGGAGCAAAGGAGAGAGAGGAGAAGAAAGGAGCACUUCCAAGGUCUGAGAGUGGCAGGGGCUUUAGGUCUUUCCCAUCAUCACCUUCAAUGUAUGAUGUUAUGGGAGUUGGGAGCAGUUGUGCUGGUAGCAGGAAGAGCUUUGGAGCAAAGGAGAGAGAGGAGAAGAAAGGAGCACUUCCAAGGUCUGAGAGUGGUAGGGGCUUUAGGUCUUUCCCAUCAUCACCUUCAAUGAUCUUGGGAAUGAGAAGGGGUGCGGAAUGCAUAGGAAAGAAGCCAAAAGUGAUCGAUGACGAUGAUGAUCACAAUGAGGAUUCUGUGGCUACAAGCAACAGCAAGUUCAUCAAGAUGUGCACCAAAGCAAUUAAGAAAGCAGCGAACAAGUGAUGGUUGUGAUAUAUAUUUGAAGAUUUUAAUUUAUCAUUUUUUUUUCCAGUACUUGUGAGGUGUAAUUGUUUCUAUCACCAAUUAAUCUCUUUGUAUUGUUUGUGUGCUUGUUAUUUGUUAUAUUUUACAAUUAUAUUUCUGUCAAUCUCUUUGUACCUGAGGGUGGAUUGGUUUGGGAUAUGUGUAAAAUAAAUGAAUCUCACUUGGCUUGCUUUGUA